CAGGCGUGGGCCCUAAAAGCCACACACUUUCCAGUUUCUUAUGUUACCUGCUCCGGGAGUAUGACAGAAGUAAUCAACGCCCUUCCUCGACGUUUCCAUCUUGAAGAAAAACAGACAACAGGGGCCUGAAAGUGAAACAGAGUAAGGACCGAACUCUUCCUCCAUUGCCGGAGCCAUGAAAGUCUUCCGCCGCUUCUCCGCAAGUCCAGAGACGCUGACCUUGAUCCUGGUCAACCUCGCUGGCAUCAUGGAGAGGGCCGACGAGUCCCUGCUCCCGGGAGUCUACAAGGAGGUGGGCGCCGCCCUGCACGCCGACCCGACCCGGCUGGGGUCACUGACUUUGUUCCGCUCCAUCGUCCAGUGCUCGUGCUACCCACUUGCGGCUUACCUGGCAGUGCACCACAACCGGGCUCACAUCAUCGCGCUCGGUGCCUUCCUCUGGGCCGGCGCUACCUUCCUUGUCGCCUGCUCCUCCACCUUCCUUCAGGUGGCAAUUUCGAGAGGUUUGAACGGGAUCGGGCUCGCCAUAGUGACCCCAGCUAUUCAAUCCCUCAUUGCAGACUCAACUGAUGAGAGCAACCGGGGGAUGGCAUUCGGGUGGCUUCAACUGACUGGGAACAUCGGCUCCAUCUUGGGCAACCUCUUCUCUGUCUUGAUAGCCUCCACAAGCUUCAUGGGCAUUCCCGGGUGGAGAGUCUCCUUCCACUUGGUUGGACUGAUAAGCAUUGUGGUCGGUGUAUUGGUUCGGCUCUUUGCAAGGGAUCCUCACUUUCUUGGUGAUGGCAUCGGUUCUCCUAAAGACCAGAGCUCAGAUAAGUCUUUCUCGUCUGAUUUAAAAGAACUGUUUAAGGAAGUGAAAUCUGUCAUCAGAAUCCCGACUUUUCAGAUAUUCGUGGCUCAGGGCGUGUGGGGCUCAUUCGCUGGAUCAGCUCUAUCCUUUGCUACUAUGUGGUUAGAACUCAUAGGCUUCUCCCACAAGAAGACAGCCUUCUUGAUGACCCUCUUCAUUAUUGCCUCUUCACUCGGGGGCUUGUUUGGCGGAAGAAUGGGGGAUGUACUAGCUAAACGGUUUCCAAACUCAGGGAGGAUAGUUCUGUCACAGAUAAGCUCGGGUUCAGCUAUUCCUUUAGCUGCAAUUUUGCUGCAGGCCUUGCCCGAUGAUCCCUCCACGGCAUUCUCACAUGGUCUUGUAUUAUUCAUCAUGGGUUUUUGCAUUUCCUGGAAUGCUCCUGCCACGAACAAUCCAAUAUUUGCAGAAAUAGUCCCGGAGAAAUCUAGGACAAGCAUUUAUGCCCUUGACAAUUCUUUCGAGACCAUACUCGCAUCGUUUGCUCCCUCAGUGGUUGGGAUGCUAGCUCAGCAUGUGUACGGCUACAAACCCGUGCCCACAAGAUCAUCAGGCACUGUAGAGAUCGAAACAGACCGUGAGAAUGCUGCAUCGCUUGCUAAGGCACUUUACACUGCAAUGGGGAUUCCGUUCACAAUAUGCUGCAUUAUCUACUCGUUUCUCUACUGCACAUACCCGAGAGACAGGGACAGGGCGAGAAUGGAAGCAUUGAGAGAGUUGGAGUUGGGACAGACUGGUAGUAAUGCCCCGUGCUUUGGAGAUGGGUACUAUGACCUCAAGAUUGUGGAAUCCGGUGGGCUCAACGGGGAAGAGAGGAGCAUGGUAGAUUAUGGAGAGGAGGAAAGCCUCGAAUUUGACCAUGAGAACGACGAGAAAGCCCUUCUCGCCCAUCGUCAGCUGACUUUCACAAACAUGGGAGAGUAAAAUAGACGAUGACGAGAUUUCUAAACUUCCAUUUGAUCCUUCGGCAUGCUUGGCUGAUCAUGUCCAAAAUUUACCACUGUGCUUUCUAAUAUUGUUGUCCCAUAUGAUGAAAACCAGAAUGUUGCCGAUUAUUUUUGUAACAUGAUCAGCCUAAAUGUACCAAACGAACCAAACGUAUUGUUGUGAAUGAAGGAGCAGGUGCCAGCAUGGAUCAUGGUGGCGGUGCAAAGAGAAGGAGCUCAUGUCAGAGGAUUCCUUCUCAAAGAUUUGAUGACUUCGUUUGGGGCCUGAGUUAGUUCCAAAAGUGUAUGCUGGCAUAUGUGGCCAGGGAGUGAGCUGUUAUAAUAAGGGGGUGAACGAAGGAAAGGGUAGCCAAUCUGUUAAGUGAUAUUCCUCUUCUCUCAUCUCCUCAAUCUUCUCUCUGUAUUUCUCAUCUCCUUUUCUCCUGAAUGUUAUGCUGUGAGGAUUGCAAUUCUCCCUUAAGAGUUGCUGAUUGAAUACAAAGCAUUCCCAUCGUUCCUUCCC